ACAUAACACGUAUAUUACUGUUACUUUGUGUUUGCUGGGUUCUGUUUUUGUCGAGAAAACGAAAUACCCCAUUAGAGAUUCUCUUUGAUAGCGUGUAGCUCAUUUUAAUUUCAAUUCUAGCGAGACCGCUUAUAACAUUUUUGGCGUACGUGUUGGCGCAUUGCGUAAAAUAAUUGCAUAAGUUUGACGAAUCAAAAGUAGGAUAGAGCCACGCGAUAAUAGAACGUCGUUUCGCACGUACUUGGACGAAUACGUAACGAAAUGUAACACGUAGCACACGCAAAGGGCGCUUUACAAGCUGACUUAAUUCGAAUGCUAUUGCCGUCAUCGCUUUCUCCUUUUCCACGCAUUAGCGCGUUGACGAAAUUUAAUCGGAGCCGCCAUCCAUCGAUAUCGAUAUCGAUGUGGCGAACAAAAUUAGAUGGUAUCAAAACUAUUUUUUUUUCUUGUAUUGAGAAUACCUAACGCAAACCUGAAAAAAUAUAUUACGAUGACUUCCAUUAGUUUCGCUUAGCAUGUCCCGAAUAUCAUAACAGUACAAAAGUGCUUCACUCGAUCGAUUUCUUAUACGAAACAUAACGCAUGUGAAAGUGACCUUGAAACAUGGGAUCAUCCGAAGCACGCAUCAUCCAUAUUGAACGUUCGCGCGCGUUCGCUUUCGAUAAACGUUUGGUGAAAGAUGAGAUGUAACGUCAGAGUUAUUUAUGAUAAAAAAACAAAAAAAAACAGAAAUCGAUUGCCAUGGCUCUCAGGACAUUGCGGGAGUUCGCCGACAAUGAAAACGUGGUUGACCGAGCAUGCGGCGAUGGUCACCGGCCUUGUUGGACGAACCGACAUCCCGCGACCUGUGCAGUAACGCUGAACGCGUCAUCGAAUGCCACGUGCCGUCCAUGGGGGAUGCGUUCGAGCGCCGACGUAGAGAGGGUCGCGGCGAUCUCGCGCGAUUCCGAGACUAACUCGAGGAAUCGGACCAAUCCCGACGACGGGCGUAUUUUAUACGUCGCAUCGUCCAGAAUCGAGCCGCAUGAGAUUGAAUGGGCAAGAUUGGACUCGGUGGAUGGUGAAAUUUGUAAAUUCGUGAACGGCGAGUUGACGGCUGCUACGACGCGAAAUAAUCCAAAAAGAUGUUACAAAACAUCGAUCAGCUCCGGUUACUCAAGCCACUCUUCGCCGUUGUCGACCGGUUCGUAUUCGUGUUACGCGUCAGCGUCUACGAGAGAUCCAUCGUGGUACGGUGAUCUAGCAGUGAUUCAUGAGACUGAGACGAUACCGCGGCCAAUCUGGCCUUCCGCCCUGUAUCAUCACGCUGAAGAUUGUAACAUCGAUUACGAAGACAUCUACACAUGUCACGCUUGUGGUUGCACGUAUGGCUAUUCGUCGCCGACGACAAGAGCACCGGCGCGUGAGGUGCUGCUCGAAUUAUCCCGAACCCUUAAUUCUGUGAUAGAUGGUGAUGCUGUUGUAACACUGGAGGAUAUUCUACGUGAUAUCUCGCGCAUUGUUCCUUUAGGAACCGGCCUGAGAAAUGAUAAUGUGUACGAAUGCUCCUCCUGGACGUUCAGUGACAAGAAUCUCCCGAUGUCGCCAAAUUAUUACGUCAAGAACGUGCCACCGGGAGCGGCUCCGGUGGAUCCGAAACUCUAUGUUGCUCCUCGCUAUUUCUACGGAUAUAACUCUGUACGGUCAGUGCCAUUGCUUGAGAGCGGCGCGAGGAAACAGAGAUGCGAAAAGGCUAGCAGGGAAAAUGACUCAUCUCCUACGGAAGGAAAGGCUUGCGAUACAAUCGAUCCUCACGUCCGCAAGUGCCUUCAUGGAGGAAGGCGUGACGAAAAUAACUACACGAAACAAUCGUUUAGGCCUACCGAGGAUUCGAAGCGAUCGAAACGAUGCCGGAACGGUCGCAUUUCGAGCGAAUCGAUAUAUCCGAUGCAGUCAGAGGGCAGCGAUAUCGGUUCGUCCAGCGAGGGAACGACCGCGUCGUUGAGCGGGACCGAUUGGAAUUGUCGUUCGACGAUUCGAGGUUUGGGGGAGGCUCCUGAUUUCACGCUCGAUGUGACGCGUGCCGAACAUUUGGGCCGGACGAUCGCGAGAGCGAAGCGAAAACGACAAUGCUGUCGAAUUCUGACUACCCUCUUCGGACUAGUCUUUUUUAUAUUAAGCGUCGUCGUUGUUUCAUUAUCUGUGACAAGGGGUCGCAAGGUGUUUGGAAGCAUGUAGAAGUCAAAGAAAACAAAUUUACUGGAUUAUCCAAACGCGUACUUGCGUGAAUUACGGAAACGAAUUAACGUCCAGAGUAUUCUGCGAAAUAUUUCGGUAGCUCUUUGCCGUAAACAUUUUGUGAUAUAAAUACUCUCAUCUCGCGCGCGCGCGCGCAUAUUUAUCUUGCAGUACCUUAUAUAUUUAAGUAUUUAGAUUUAAAAGAUCUUGCAAUAUAUCACAAUAUACGGCUGUGAGCAUGUUCUUUUACUUCGCGUAUGUAUUAUUAAAUACAUACAAAUAAUACUGCGAUCAUUGUGCGCGACCACAUUGUUGAUCGAUUCUUUUCAAUUCUUCCUUUCGCAAAACGAAGAUUACCGUAGGAAAAAGGAAAGAAAAACAGUCGAACUUUAGGAAGAAUAAAUCAUUUGCAUUAAUUAAGUAUCUGUCAAAAGUAACUCGGGCUAACAUUUAACACUAACACUAUUUUAGUGCGUGAAAGACAAAGAAGCAAGAGGUAAAGAGCAGAAAGCAGGACGCAAAGAGCACAUUGUAGAUUGGCCUUUAACUAGUAAACUGCGAGUUUUCUAGUAAUCGAUCAACAAUGUGUUAAAUAUAGAUAAUUAAAAAUUUAUAGAAGAGAGCAAUACUAGUUGUAUUCUAUUAUUUACUGUCAUUAUUUCCAUUCAUGUAACACUAGUCUAACCCCUAUGUUCAUGGAAUUCGCUACUGCGCUAACGCUACCAAUUUCGUUUGCACGGAAUAUAUAAUUAACGAUAGCGAAUGUGAGCUCUGUGAACAGCACUGGCAUGGUGUCAUGAUAGUUGUUAACCGGUUGUUGUUGAUUAACAACGAUUCUAACGAUUGUUAAUCAUUUUGUUAGAAUUAUUCAUCAUGAUAGAGAAAUUUAAAAAAAUUUUAAAUUAUCGACAAUGUCACUUAUAGCGAGCGAAUUAAUGGAUUCAUCUUUAUCAGAAAGCGACGAUAAAGAAUUAGAAACUUUGAGACGAAAAGCACAUCGAAGAAAUGUGCCUAAAUUACAAAAUUAGUAUUAUAUAUUGAUGAAUAUACUGUGGUGUUGUUCAUGCAAAUGUUGCUAAGAGGGAUUUAAUAAGUAAGACACUAAGAAUAAGAAAAACGUGUAACAUACUGAGUAUACUGUGUGUAUUGUACUUAAUUAAUUGAAUAAUCUUUAUCCUUACA